CUUCUUGGCUCUAGUGCACGACGCGGUGACCCGCUCGAGCGCAGAGCGCUUUGGCCUUUGGUCAGACAUAGCAGACAUAGGUGGCACGGCGCGCAGUCGCCAAAUGCCCACGUGUACUCAUGGCAGCUGUGGAGCAGGCCUCUUCUCAUUGGCGGAGGCAUUACUCCACGGCAUCACUGACGGUCAAAGAGAGGAGCUUCCUGGCCUUUGCAGGCUGCAAUCACUGAUUUUGCCACCAGAUGAAAGUUUAAAAGCAUUGUGUCCACGAAGCGACACCUGCCGUCGCACCAACGAAAAGCCAGAGCAAGGUGACUUGGUCAUUUUGGGCUUCGGCUUCGGAGUACAUCCGGAGUAUCAAAGUUGUGCAGCAGUGGUUACGCGCGUGGAUGCCAGUGCUCAGCGAUGCACGCAUUGUACUGUAGCGGUAUUGGAUCCUUCUCGCAGUUUUCGAGUGGGCGAAUGUCAAGUGGCUCUUGAUGACAUCAAGCCAGUUCACAAAGAAUGGCGUGCCGGGGCCCGUUUGGUGAUCGGUGGGCUGCAAAGCAGCCCCUUGGUGCAUCUCAACGGCCAUAUCGUCCACGUGUGCGAGCACCGGCGUCAUGGUCAUCCUUGUUUCGUGCAACCAUCCAACGGCCGGAAAGACAAGCUGACCCUGUGCGUGCGAUUGGAUGAGCCGAUUCCGGACCAUGCUACUGCCUUGCUGUUGGAACCGAGGUUCCUUUCACCUUACAUUCAGAAGAACCCAGAGGGACCUCUGGUGACUGCGCCGAAGUUGAAUUUGCCAGAUCAUGAGGCUGUGACGCUGCUUUCCUCCCAGCGUCGGCGCAAUAAGCAAGGACAGUUCUCCAACUCUGAUGCCAAACCUGUGGAUAUCCGGUCCUUUCAGGGAAAGGAAACACCACAGAGCCCUCCCCCUCCGCAAUCCUGUUCUGGUGGCUUUCUGGGUUUCCUUUCAUGGUUAGUGGAAGCGCCGCCCAAAGCAGAAGAGGAACACCCCGUGGUGUGCAAAUCCACUUCGAUCAUCAGUGUGGACGACGAUUCACCUAAGCCUUCCAAUACCGCUAGCGGGCUUGCGGGACUGCAAAUGCUCCAUCCGAUUCCUGAGCUCUCCCCUGGAGGGGAUGCAGGUCAGGGCCACAUCUACAGUUCCCAAAUUCCAGAGCAAGGGGAUUUGGUGGUCCUGGGCCGCGGAGUCUCUGCACGCUAUCAGCUUUGCUCUGCUGUGGUGAAGGAUGUCCACAGUGACUUCUGCAACGUGGCUGUCCUAGAUGACUCCCGCAGCUACUGCGUGGGCGAAUGUGCUGUGGACUUUCGUGAGGUCAUCCCAGUACAUCAAGAUUGGCGAGUGGGAACGCGCCUGGUGGUGGGUGGACUUCAAAGCAGUCACAUGAGGCACUUAAAUGGCCUCUACGCGAUCGUGUGUCCUCACAAGCGUUUUGGUCUCUUGGAUGAUUUGGAGGCUUUGUUGGAGCCGCGCUUUUUGACGCCCAGCUCAGCAUCAGCUCGGCCAAGCUCAAGUGCCAGCAGCCUCAGUGGACUCAGUGGUGUGAGCCGCUUCCCACGCGCCCCAUCAGAUGUGACCUCAGAGACCACGGAUGCCAGCGGAAGCAGCUAUCAAAAGAGCAGCUUGGCCGGCUUGGAAUGCUGGGAAGGGGUGGCAUCCAGCCCCAAUGAUGACGAGCAAAACGUCUACCAGACGCAUGUGACACGGCGAGCAAUUCUGCGCCAGUAUU